AUGAGCAUGGCCUAUCAUGAUCUCCAAGUCCACACAACAAGUUUGAGAGCUACUUUAUCUCAAGGCUCUCUAGUUUGGAAGCAAUUAGAGCUUCCUGGUCACUCUGCAGAGGAGAAAGCACACCUUGCAUCUCAGCUGACACAAGUGCAGGAGAAAUUAGAUUCACUGCUGGAGCAAACAGGCACUCUGGCAUCACAAGUACUUGAUCGAUUCAACUCAAUCCGAUCAGUAAUGCUAUUCUUCAUACCCGCAACCAGCUUAGUUUUCAUGUUGUCAUUUUGGAAAUUGGCUCAAAAGUACAAAUCGAAGGGCACAUCAAAAGCCGAAUUGUCCGAUUCUGGGCAAGCACAAAGCAGCUCUCAAGACAUCUCUGCACGAUCGCAUAUCAGCCGGACUAGCCAGACACUGUUUCAAACCCUGCGAUCAGAUCCCCAAUUUCUACGAUUGACAAUAAGAGCUUCUGCUACUUUCCUCGGAAUGCUUAUCGCCCUUUUCUUCUGGCUUUUGGCUUUAUUCAAGUCGAAUGAUAUGUUGAUCGAUCCCUAUUGGCACGGGGUGGCAACGUGGCUACCAACAGUCUCUGGCUCCUGGACUGCGAUCCCAGUAGUAUGGCAAUCUAUGAGCCAUCCAGCCCAGCACUACCCGCCGCCCACCCUCCCCGACUCCAAGAGCGCCGCCUCCGACUCCUUGCUCUCCAAAACCAGCUCGUCCUUCCGCCACAGGAAUUUCCACACCGCAUUCGGGCCCCUCUCUGUAAAUAACUUCCUGCGCAAAGACUGGAUCAAGUACUAUGUCUUCCUCGUCCUCCUGCUCAUCGCCAUCGCCGUCGUCGCCAUUUACCACCACCAGAUUGUCAUCGCCCUGCACCCGUUUGUCCUCUCGAUGCGCAACCUCAAAAUCAACGGCGUCGAGGUGGGCUGGCUGAUCCCGGUCGCCGUGCUCUUCAUCAUCUCCUUCCCGCCUCUCUUCGGCCACGAGAUCGUCAUCAUCCUGUGCGGACUCGUGUGGGGUUUGUGGCUGGGCUUUGCGAUCGUCUGUCUCGGCACCCUGCUGGGCGAGCUGGCCAACUAA